AUGUCUUCCUCAGUUCCAAUUCCCUUCUCUGAACCUCCUUGGCUCAUGGGUUUACCAUCUCCUUAUUACAAUGCUUCACACCGCAAAUGGCAAAAAACAUGUCAAGCGCUUGUUUCCGAAUUACUGGGUGAAGCAGGUGAUUGGGAAAAAGAGGGAGAUGUACCCGUCAAUCUCUACCAAAAGUUCGCCAGCGCCAACUUCCUCAUCCCCAAUCUUCCCUCUCCUCUCCCUGUAAAAUGGCUCAAAGAAAUCGGCAUCACGCAUCUCCCUGGCGAUCUCCCCGUCGAAGAAUUCGACUACAUGCACACCCUAAUAUUCACGGAUGAAAUGCAUCGUUCUGGGUCUCUCGGGCCCUCCGGCGCCAUAACCACCGGGUUCGCCUUCGGGGUUCCCCCCAUCUUAAAAUUCGGUUCGCACGCCCUGCAAGCCCGUUUCCUCCCCGAUCUCCUCACCGGGAAAAAAAGAAUCUGUAUCGCGAUUACGGAACCCGGCGCCGGAAGCGACGUUAGCGCUAUUGAAACCACCGCGCGGAAAAGCGAUGAUGGAGCGGAAUGGAUCGUUGACGGGACUAAAAAAUGGAUCACGAAUGGGCUCUGGUCUGAUUACGCUACCAUGGCUGUGAGGACGGGUGGGCCGGGUCCAGGCGGUCUCUCGCUUCUGGUUGUUCCGCUACUCCAGAACGACCUUUAUCGAGCUGGACAACGUGCGGGUGCCGCGGGAGAAUCUGAUCGGAAGCGAAGGCGCGGGCAUGAAAUACCUGAUGCAGAAUUUCAACCACGAGCGGCUGAGCAUCUCGAUUUCCGUGAAUCGGAUUGCGCGCACGGCGCUGCAUCACGCGUUUGCGUACGUGCUGCGGCGCCAGGCGUUUGGGAAACCGCUGAUGGAGCAGCCGGUGGUAAGGAAUCGCUUGGCGCGCUGUGGGGCGCAGCUCGAGAGUCAUUGGGCCUGGAUCGAAGGGUUCACGUGGAUGAUGACGCAGUUGCGAGAGGAGGAUGCGGAUCGGGAGUUGGGGGGCUUGACGGCGUUGGCGAAGGCAAGGGCGGGUAUGGUGUUGGAGAGUUGUGCGUCGACUGCGGUGUUGCUUUUUGGGGGGAAUGGGUAUACGCAGAGUGGGAUGGGGGAGGUGGUGGAACGAAUCUUCCGCGAAAUCCCCGGCGCCCGCAUCCCCGGCGGCAGCGAAGAUGUCAUGCUCGAUCUGUGCAUCCGACAACUCGUCAAGAAUUACCAAUUGAAGAUGAAGAAUGA